CCUCCCCGCCCCCUUCCCGCUGGGUCCUAGUGCCUGCCCCCUUCUGGCUGUGUCCGGGGCUCAGUCGUCUCGAGGAGCCACCGCCGACAUCGCGGAUGUAGGCCAAGUCUAUUCAGAGAAACCCGGCUCACCAAGGCCAUGGAGGCAGAGAGCGUUGAGGCCCCCUGUUCAGCCCCAGGCUACAAGCGCUCCGGCCGCAGAUACAAAUGUCUGUCGUGUACCAAGACAUUUCCAAAUGCACCCAGGGCCGCGCGCCAUGCUGCCACACAUGGGCCUGCAGAUGGUAAAGAGGCGGCUGAGGUGAAGCCGAGGCCCGAAACCGAACCCAAGCCAGAGGAUGCCAGUGGGGACAAGGUGUCUGGUGCCCCAGGUAAGCCUCGGCCCUACGCAUGUCCGCUGUGUCCCAAGGCCUACAAGACGGCCCCUGAGCUGCGCAGCCACGGACGCAGCCACACGGGCGAGAAGCCCUUCCCGUGCCCGGAGUGCGGCCGCCGCUUCAUGCAACCCGUGUGCCUGCGCGUGCACCUGGCCUCGCACGCCGGCGAGCUACCCUUCCGCUGCACGCACUGCCCCAAGGCCUACGGCGCCCUGUCCAAGCUUAAGAUCCACCAGCGAGGCCACACCGGGGAGCGGCCCUACGCCUGCGCAGACUGCGGCAAGAGCUUCGCAGACCCAUCGGUGUUCCGCAAGCACCGGCGCACGCAUGCCGGCCUGCGCCCCUACAGCUGUGAACGCUGCGGCAAGGCUUAUGCUGAGCUCAAGGACCUCCGCAACCAUGAGCGGUCCCACACCGGCGAGCGCCCCUUCCUCUGCUCCGAGUGCGGGAAGAGCUUCUCCCGCUCAUCCUCGCUCACUUGUCACCAGCGCAUCCACGCAGCACAGAAGCCCUACCGUUGCCCAGCCUGCGGCAAGGGCUUCACGCAGCUCAGCUCCUACCAGAGCCACGAGCGCACACACUCGGGCGAGAAGCCCUUCCUGUGCCCGCGCUGCGGCCGCAUGUUCUCCGACCCCUCCAGCUUCCGGCGCCACCAGCGUGCCCACGAGGGCGUGAAGCCUUACCACUGCGAGAAGUGCGGUAAGGACUUCCGGCAGCCCGCCGACCUGGCCAUGCACCGCCGGGUGCACACGGGGGACCGGCCGUUCAAGUGCCUGGAGUGCGACAAGACAUUCGUGGCGUCCUGGGACCUCAAGCGCCACGCGCUGGUGCACUCGGGCCAGCGGCCCUUCCGCUGCGAGGAGUGCGGGCGCGCCUUCGCCGAGCGUGCCAGCCUCACCAAGCACAGCCGCGUCCACUCGGGGGAGCGUCCCUUCCACUGUAACGCCUGCGGGAAGUCCUUCGUGGUGUCCUCGAGUCUGCGGAAGCAUGAGCGGACCCAUCGGAGCAGCGAGGCCGCAGGGAACGCCCCGCAACAGGAGCUCGUGGUGGGGCUGGCGCUCCCGGUGGGAGUGGCGGGCGAGGGCUCUGCAGCCCCUGGAGCUGGUACCGGGCUCGGGGACCCUCCCGCAGGGCUGCUGGGGCUGCCUCCAGACUCAGGUGGGGUGAUGGCCACGCAGUGGCAAGUGGUGGGUAUGACAGUGGAGCACGUGGAAUGCCAGAAUGCGGGGGAGGAUGCUGGGCCCUUGGAGGGGUCAGGUGAGGUGGGGAAUGAGGAGGUAGAUGAGAAGCCACCCCAGUUUACAUGCAGGGAAUGCAAGGAGACCUUCUCCACGUUGACCUUACUGCGGAGGCACGAGCGCUCGCACCCGGAGCUCCGGCCCUUUCCCUGCACCCAGUGCGGCAAGAGCUUCUCCGAUCGGGCAGGCCUGCGGAAGCACAGCCGCACCCACAGCUCCGUGCGCCCCUACACCUGCCCCCACUGCCCCAAGAGUUUCUUGAGUGCCAGCGACCUGCGCAAGCACGAACGCACCCACCCUGCACCCGUUGAGGCCCCCACGCCCCUCGAACCCCUUGUGGCUUUGUUAGGAAUGCCUGAAGAGGGGCCGGCCUGAGGCUCCCACCUCUCAGCCACACUCCCAGAUGCUCAGCCCCGACAGGGUGCCUCCUGAACCUCCUUUGGCCCCAGCUUACUCUUUAGCGUCCUGAUCCCUUACCCCCAGGAGCUAGUUGACCACAGCCAGCCUGCCCAGUGCGAGCUGACAGCAACUGUUAAAGUCACAAGGUUCUCUGUGUGCAGAACUCAUUAAAGCGUUCACUUUGGCAC